GUCGGAUCCUGCUUCAAACAGGCGCGCAGUUUCCUCUCCAGCUCAGCUCAGUUCUCCAGCGCAGCCACCGGCUCAUCAGCCCAAGUUUACGCACAGGGAUGCGGGCGCGUGGAGCCGCCUGAAAAUGGCUCUCUUUAGGAUUUACUCUUUCCUUGCUCCUUUUCACAUACUAGUGCUGUGUCAAGCCUUGAGGAAUUAUCCAGAUAAUGAAGUUACCCUGCUUGACUCCAUGUCCGCCCCAGGUGAUCUGGGUUGGGAAGCGUAUCCAUCAGAGGGGUGGGAGGAGAUUAGUGUUAUGGAUGAGAGGAACAUACCUAUGAGGACUUACCAGGUAUGCAACGUAAUGGAAGCCAAUCAGAACAACUGGUUGCGUACUGGACUGAUUCAACGAGAAGGUGCUCAGCGCGUCUAUGUGGAGAUCAAAUUUACUCUGCGUGACUGCAACAGCCUGCCGGGAGUCCCUGGAACCUGUAAGGAGACGUUUAACGUGUACUACCACGAAUCCAACAAUGCAGUUGCCGCACCUUUGCGGCACAUUCGUGAGAACCAGUACAUCAAGAUCGACACUAUAGCAGCUGACGAGAGCUUCACACAGACAGACGUUGGGGAUCGUGUGAUGAAGUUAAACACAGAAGUACGAGAUAUCAGUGGCCUCAGUAAGAGAGGCUUGUAUCUGGCAUUUCAGGACCUUGGUGCUUGCAUUGCUCUGGUGUCAGUGAGAGUCUUUUAUAAACGCUGUCCGUUGGCGGUGCUCAAUCUGGCUCGGUUUCCAGACACGGUGACGGGUGGUGAUUCAGCGCUGGUGGAAGUGCGUGGGACUUGUGUGGAAGAUGCAGAAGAGCUGGAGGGACCAAGGAUGUUUUGCAGUGCAGAUGGAGGUUGGCUGGUGCCCAUCGGCCGCUGUGUUUGCAGGCCAGGUUUCGAGGAAGUGGAUGGACACUGUCAACCAUGUCGGUCAGGCUUCUACAAGGCCUCAGCUAUGGAUGCGUACUGUGUCAAGUGUCCUCCACACAGCUACUCUCACCAGGACAAGGCCUCUGAGUGUGUAUGUGAACGAGGUUUCUAUCGAGCAGAAUCAGACCCUCGCUCUAUGGCCUGCACAAGACCACCUUCAGCACCAGGUAACCCGAUUUCGAUGGUGAACGAGACAGCGGUGACUCUGGAAUGGAGUCCUCCCCGAGACAGUGGUGGACGUGGAGAUGUCAGCUAUAGUGUCCACUGCAGAAAGUGCUCUGGCGAAACAGGGGCGUCAGAGAGGUGUGUUCCCUGUGGCAGCGGCGCACACUUCAACCCCAGACAGUUCGGCUUGACGCACCCCAGAGUUCUGGUCACUGAACUGCAGCCACACACCAAUUACACCUUCAGCGUUGAAGCCCUGAAUGGAGUCUCAGAUCUGAGCCCCAGUCCACGUCAGCUGGUGUCUGUCAACGUCACCACCAGUCAGACAGUGAGCGUCAUCUUAAAGGAAAGGAAGGGCACUGAUAGUGUGACGCUGGCAUGGCAGGGUCCAGAACCUGUUGACGGGACCGUGGUGGAAUAUGAAGUCACCUAUUAUGAAAAGAACCAGCAGGAUCAGAACUACACUGUCCUCAAGACAAAAUCCAACAGCAUGACGGUGGACGGGCUUAAACCGGGAACUACAUACAUCUUCCGGGUUCGAGCACGUACUGAUGGAGGAUAUGGGAACUAUAAGGGAGAGAUUGAGUUGGAGACGAGCCACGAGGACAUGCUGGCAGUCGGAGAUCCAAACCAGCAAACCAUACUGGCUAUUUCAGUGGCCGGCGGUGCAGUUCUCCUGGUCCUGCUUGUGGCCUGCUUCAUUGUUAGUGGACGGCGCUGUGGAUAUAUUAAAGCAAAGCAAGACCCUGAGGAGGAGAAAAUGCAGUUUCAGCAUGGACGAGUCAAACUUCCUGAAACCCGUACGUACAUUCACCCCCAUACAUAUGAAGACCCGAACCAGGCAGUGCGAGACUUCGCCAAAGAGAUUGAAGUCUCCAACAUUCGGAUUGAAAGAGUCAUUGGGGCUGGUGAGUUCGGCGAGGUCUGCAGUGGCCGUCUGCGUCUGCCCAGUAAAAGAGAGAUCCAGGUGGCCAUCAAGAGUCUGAAAGCUGGAUAUUCAGAACACCAGAGACGCGACUUUCUGAGCGAGGCCAGCAUUAUGGGCCAGUUCGACCACCCUAACAUCAUUCGACUGGAAGGAGUUGUCACCAGAUGUAAGCCUGUGAUGAUAGUGACAGAGUACAUGGAAAAUGGAUCUCUGGACACUUUUUUGAAGAAACACGACGGGCAGUUCACAGUGAUCCAGCUGUUGGGAAUGCUGAGAGGGAUCGCCGCCGGGAUGCAGUACCUCUCCGAGAUGAACUACGUGCAUCGGGAUUUGGCAGCACGGAAUAUUCUGGUAAACGGAAACCUGGUGUGUAAAGUGUCUGACUUCGGGCUGUCGCGCGUGCUGGAGGACGAUCCUGAAGCGGCAUACACUACACGGGGUGGAAAGAUUCCCAUUCGCUGGACGGCUCCAGAGGCCAUCACCUACAGGAAGUUUACCUCAGCCAGUGAUGUAUGGAGUUACGGCAUUGUCAUGUGGGAGGUGAUAUCCUAUGGGGAGCGACCGUACUGGGAAAUGUCCAAUCAGGAUGUGAUAAAAGCUGUAGAUGAAGGCUACAGGCUUCCGGCCCCGAUGGAUUGUCCGGUGGUGCUUCACCAGCUCAUGCUUGACUGCUGGGAAAAGAACCGCAGCGAUCGGCCCAAAUUCGGGCAGAUUGUCAACACUCUGGACAGGCUGAUCCGAAAUCCCAGCAGCCUGAAGCAGCUGGCCAACAGUGCGGUCUGGGAGGAUCCAGUGACUCCUGAGGCGGCGGUCAACACAGUUGAAGACUGGCUGGACUUGAUUAAAAUGGGUCAGUACAAAGAACACUUCUCCAGCGCCGGCUACGUUACCCUGGACUCAGUUCUGUAUGUCAGCAGCAGUGAAUUGGACAAGAUGGGUGUUGAGCUGGCAGGACAUCAGAAGAAGAUCCUGUCCAGCAUCCAGUGUCUUCAGGCACAUCACGGGACUCAAGUUCAGGUAUAGCGGCUCACCUCACUGCUCUCGACCCGCUUCCACAGAGGAGACCGGAAGUCAUCGAUCUUGCCAAACGGAAGCGUCUUGCUGCAAAACGACUCUUGUCUUAUCUCUCUACCAGCACUGAAGUUCAUCAGCCCUACAGGAGAACGGGCCGGUACCUUCCCCUUUUUUUGUGUGUUCAGCAGCCAGAUGCUUAUAGACUUGAGAAAAAAAAAGUGGAUCCAAGGACAAGAACCGACAUCGGUGCACUGUGAACAUCAUGCUCCAGUCCUCAGUGUACAGAAGAAGAAAAAAACCUUGAGAAGAAACACCGAUUGUGUCUUGUGAAUCUCUGAACCGUUUUUUUGCAAGCGAUACUUGUGUGAUUUUCUUCAAUCAGACGUGGCGAGGAUGAGGAAACGUUCAGCGAGAUGUCCUUGCGAGCUUGUGUGUGUGUGUGGGAAUAGUUUCGAAAGGUUCUCUAAACGCCUUUACAAAGCAAUGAAGCACUGAUCUCUCUUUCACGUACGCUUUCUAAAAAAAAAAGGGGUCGAUCCUUGACCCUGAAUGCCACUGCUCUCAUCAAGCCCUCGCCAGCAUCUUUGGAAAAAUCACCUUCGAGAGUUUGAGAGAAUCUCGCUCGUCACAAGUUUUGACAUUGGACGCGCAGCAACUGAGAAGCGAGAGAGACGUUUAAGGAAUGAGAAGUAAUUGUUGCUUUGCAAAGCGAGACAGGACAGCGUGACGAUGUCAUUUAGAGGGCAGAUGUCAUCCUUUCUUCAAACUGGCAGCAACUUCCUCUCUUUGUCAAGCCGCUCCAUUUGAUGUGGCUUUCCUCUAAUUUUCAUUGCAUAUUUGAAGUGGUUCGCCUCAUUACAUACAUUUCAUCGCAAACGUGAGCCUUCUUUUUUUUGGAAAUAGACGUGUUGAGCAUUUAAUGAGGAAGAAUUCAUCCGUAAACCGUCCCGUGUUGAUGGAGCUGGACUGCUGAACCAGUGUAUGUGUUGGAUCCCCUUCAGAGAAAAGGUCUGAUGGUUCAGUGUGGCUUCAUGAGUAGUUGUAUGUACUUUACAUAAGGUGUGGUUCUACCAAACGUACGCUGAAACGUACAUUACUUCAAAUUAAAAAUGAGUUCCUAAAUUAUGAGUUGAUUAGCAUUUCUGUAAUUGUUUACAAUAUUGUUUACUAUAAAAGACUGUGACUGCAACACAUGGACUACUUUUGUUUUGGCUUUUUUGCAGUUGAGUUGUCUGUCCAUCCUGAUCUCACGAGGAAACGUAACUAUUUCACGUUUUGUUAGUUUAGUGGUACGAAAGGGAGUUUAGUUGUACGAAAAUGUCUGAUUUUUAAAAAGGAAGUGUCACACCAAACGUCAAAUAAAGCCAAAUGUCAUUGGGGGAUAAACAAAUCAUACUAAAUUGUACAAAUGAGAUUAUACGAAUUCAUACGGCACUAAAUUAAAAAGUUACAAAUUGCCGUGA